AUGAUGUUGCUUCGAGUGUCUCUUUUCGUCUCUGCCGUUCCAGCACUUCGGCUGAGAGAUGAUUUCUUUGACAUUGCAAUUGAUGAUGACACUGGGGCCAUCGUAUCUAUUCGUAAUCCUAACGUUGACUCUUUAAACUGGGUCAGUUCACCAGACAAUGUACCAUGGUUACCGCUGUCGAGCCGAUGGGGCCUGGGAUACGCAGACAUAGGCGCGGCAUCGCUCCAUCGUGGAUAUUGGUCUCAUGCAUCGGUGGUCUCUGAUGCUGCAACCACACAGAGCUCGUCAUCUUACAAUGUUGGCACGCUCAACGUCACGGUGGAAAGAACACUGGACAGUUCGAGUCAGUCCUUUGGUGAGAGCUUCACUUUUACCAAUAUUGGAAACUCCAGCAUUAGCCUGCAGCAGGCUUCCAAGCAGUCCUUGGCCAUAUAUACGCCAUUCAACGAUCACUACACAAACUCCCUGGAUGUGCAAGCCAACCGAACCCACGCGCAUAUCUGGGCCAACGGCCUCACCUCGUCGUGGAUCAAGACCACACGCAUGAACGGCAAUGGCCCACACCUGGGUCUGGUCAUCACUGCGGGCAGUCUGAGGGGAUACAGCAUUGAAGCCCGGGACACGGUCACCUCGUCCAACACGCGGGGCGUCAUCCUGGUACAUCCAGUCGUGCCAACGUUGGAAGCUGAAGAGUCGACAACCCUGAGCUGGACACUGUUUUGGCAUGACAGCUGGGACGACUUCUUCAACAAGGCUGUUGCUCUGUCGGACCAGUUUAUCGAAUUCAACGCCACAUUGUGGACCGUCUUUCCAAACGAGAACACCACUAUUACCAUGAAGGGUGCCGUGAACGACACCACAGUGGUGGCGGGCACCCCCGUCACUGCCUUGUCCGACGGAUCAGGAUAUGCUGUGACCUUGUCCUGGAGUUCCAUAGGAGAGAAGUCCCUGACAGUAUCAACGGGCCCUGCUGGAUCAACCAGGAAUUCGACCAUUGUCGUCAAUGUAGUUCCGGACCUAGACGGACUUGUCGCCAGCAGGACACAGUUUAUUGCUUUGAACCAGCAGAUGCCAAAUCAGAACACGACCCUGGAUGGGGCUUACGUAGUAUAUGAUACCCAGAUCAACGGACGCGUCACGUUCGACACAGCCUCUGAUCGAAACUCUGGCCGGGAGAGAGUUGGUAUGGGGGUGCUGGUGGGAAGGCAGCUGGUGGACACGGCGGAUGCCGACCUGGAAAGCUCAUUGAUCGACUACUACCGCUUCGUGUGUACCCAACUGCAGCGAGACGAUGGGUACGUGUACAAUGGGCCCGGCGUGCAAAGUCUCCGUGUGUACAACUUCCCAUGGGUGGCGCAGCUACAUUUGCAAAUUGCAAGGUCCAACAUCACAUUGCCCGAUGAUCUCGCUUCACCGACACCACUAGAGCGGUUCAUGCUCACGCUCGAGAGCAUGUAUGCCAAUGGGGGAGCCGACGCUUAUCCCAUCGGGGUGCCUGUCUACGAGGGCCUUGGUUUGCUCAAGUCUGCCGGCAACGAGACUGCUUAUGAGCGAGCUCUUGAGCUCUUUGUCGCCCACGGAGAACGAAUCGCAAAGAUUGGUACAAACUACCCGGCCGGGGAGGUCAACUAUGAGCAAUCUCUCGUUGCGCCAGCAGCUAUUCUCCCGCUAGAGUUGUAUUUGCACACUGGCAACGAGACGUGGAUCGCGGUUGCUGAACCUCAUUUCGGUCUGCUCGUCCAGUUUGGCGGUCGCCAGCCAGACUAUCACCUGCACGACAUUGCCAUCCGCCACUGGGAUGGAUACUGGUUUGGCAAAGACCGCAUGUGGGGGGAUGUCUUUCCUCAUUAUUGGAGCACAUUGACUGGGCUUGCCAUGCACUUUUGGGGGCUUGCUACCAAUGACACUUCUUACAUAGACCGAGCAGAAGGCAUCAUGAGGGCGAAUCUGGCCCUCUUUGCUUCCGACGGAAGUGCUUCAUGUGCCUGGCUCUACCCGCUGACCGUCAACGGGAGAUCUGGGCAUUACAAGGAUGCUUACGCCAACGACCAGGACUGGGCCUUGGCUCACUACCUCCAGUUGCAAUCAUUUGUAGCCUGGUAA